CAGUUUUAUCGAGAGAAUGAUGCUUAUAGUACAAGUGGAAAUACUCAAGAGUGCGAAGGACUUGAUUUUGUUCUCGAAAAUUACAACAAGAAAAUCAAAAAUUUACUGCCACCGGGACAACCGUCUGAUGAAACAUGGUUGAAUAUCAAUCAUAAUUUUGAUCUUUUGAGCGACAUACGUAAAAAUGCUUUUAACAAUUUGAAUUUAAAUAAACAAAAUAAUCAGACAAGACAAAAACACAAUUUAUGCAGUGAAAUAGAAAAGUGGCGUGUUCAAGUAAGAAAAAGUGGUGUUUUUAAACAAAAAGAACUAUGUGGUUUGGAUGGUACAGUAUUGAACAAGCGUUACCAACAAUUCCUGACUCAGUCACUGUCAAAUCAAUCAAUAUACUUAAAACGUUAUUCAGAAGAACAUUUUCAUUUAUCAAAUAAGACAUGUGCGGGUCUAGAAUAUAUGAGUGAUAGCGAUGAUGAGUAA